AUGUAUCUAAAACCAGACUGGUUCUUCUUAUAUCUCUUGCCACCUAUUGCGCUUGAUGCUGGUUAUUUCAUGCCUAAUAAAGAUUUUUUCAGGAAUUUUGGAACUAUAAUGACUUACGCUGUUGUUGGUACAUUAUGGAAUGUUUUCGCAAUCGGAAUGACAUUGUACUUUUUACAUGAUUAUUUCAAAGUGCGUACUUCAUUGAUCGAACUUUUGCUGUUUUCGACUUUAAUAUCUGCUGUGGAUCCAGUAGCCGUUCUUUGUGUAUUUGAAGAAAUUCAUGUUAAUCAGCUACUUUAUAUCUGUGUAUUUGGUGAAUCAUUGUUAAACGAUGCCGUAACGAUUGUGCUCUAUCAAACCUUCAAUGCUAUGGUAGAUGCAGGUAGUCUUACCGGUGCAGAUUAUGCUACAGCGGCUUCUUCAUUUUUUGUUGUUUCAUUUGGUGGUUUGCUAAUCGGGCUGAUUUGGGCUAUCUUUACUGGCUUUACAACCAAGCACUCGCAGCACCUGAAUGUUGUCCAACCGCUAAUAUGCUUGCUUUUUCCGUAUCUUGCAUACUUAACAGCAGAAAUGGUUGCUAUGUCCGGCAUUUUAGCAAUUGUUAUAUGUGGACUAGCCAUGAAACAAUUUGUUGUGGGCAACUUAUCGCGGAAAUCGCUUGUUACUGUGCAGUACUUUAUGAAAACACUCUCGUCAAGUUGUGAGGCCUUGAUUUUCGUUUAUCUUGGUAUAUCAGCUGUUUCAAAGAAUCACGAUUGGGAUGCUGUGUUCAUUGUUAGCACUUUAAUUAGUUGUCUUGUUCAACGCUUUAUCGGCGUUUUCUUCCUUACUUAUCUUUUAAAUAUACAUCGAGUGCAGGCAAUUGACCUGGUUGAUCAAUUCAUCAUGAGUUAUGGCGGCAUUCGAGGUGCUGUGUGUUAUGGCCUCGUUAUGUCUCUUGACCCUUUAUCAAUGAAGGCUAAAAACAUGUUCGCAUCCUGCACUAUUGUUGUCAUAUUAUUCACUGUUUUUGCUCAGGGUGGAACAAUAAAACAGCUAGUGAAAUUAUUAGAAGUUAAACAAAACGAAGUGCACAAGAAGACUGUUUUUGAAAUGGUCGGCGAGAAUGUAAUCGAUAAUAUGAUGACUGGUGUAGAAGGAAUAACUGGUUAUCGUGGCCAAUACUGGUACCGUCAAGCAUUCAAUAAAUUUGCGGAGAAUUACGUAAAACCCUAUUUAAUGAGUAAUGCAAAAUCUGGAGCAGAUCGUUUGGUUGAUUAUCAUGAACACAUUCAAGUAAAAGAAGCAGUUCAGCAUUUAAAAGUACAUGGUAGUUUUGCCGGUUUGCCAACUGCACAAAGUAAAGUGAAUCUUGAACAAGCGACGAUCGAAACUUCACAACUGGUCUUAGGCAAUCAAUUUACCAGGAUAUACACAAGAAACAAUCUGGAAGCCAACCGUUUAUCUGUGUUAGCUGAAAUGCAAGUGAAAAUUCCUCGUAAUGAAUCAAUCAGCGUAUUUCUAAGAGAUAAAUUCAAUGAACUCAAUUCGCCUGUAUCCACUGGUGUAUACAGCCGACAUUUACUAGAUAUUGAUAACACACCACGUUCAUCUUCUAAACGACAGGAUUUUCAAAAAGGCAAUUCGUUUGACGCACUUGAUAGUGAAGCAUAUCAUAUGACGUAUCCGUACUGCAAAAAUACUCGCACAAGACGACAGACAGCAUACGAUGCUGCUAAUUCCGAUCAAACAGAUAAACACUCCAGAAAGACCACUAUCGCAUUGCAUAAAAGUUCCGAUAGUGAUGCGCUUACUUUCAAUAUUGAUUCUUCAAAACCUCGUUUUUUAAUUACUAGCGAAUCUGCUUCACCACCCAAUGCACCACGCUUUUCGCAUCGGAAAAGUUCAGAAAAAGAUUUGCAGGAAAAAAAAUUGCAGUUAGAAGAAAGACCAAGGAAACUUUCAUCAGGUCUCAAAGCCUUUCUAACGAAAGAAGCAAGUGAGAAAAUGACUUUAUCACCAGUACAUGAAGAUGAUGAAAAUGCAGAAUCAUCCAGCAAUGAACGAGAGAGAUGCAGCUGA